GAUGGGAGGUGGUCAGGAGGCCAUGGAAGUCACAACCACUUCUACUAGGAUCGGCAAAUUCGAGGCCAGGUUUUUCCAUGCGGCUUAUGAAGAGGAGUUCGGUCGUGUGAAGGGACACUUCGGCCCCAUUAACUGUGUGGCCUUCCACCCGGAUGGGAAAAGUUACAGCAGUGGAGGAGAGGAUGGUUAUGUAAGAAUUCAUUACUUCGAUCCCCAGUAUUUUGAUUUUGAGCUUGAGGCGUAAUAACCAGUGACCAUCAGCGUUCCCAACAUCCAGGACAGAUCACCAGUUGAUCACAGCAGUAACACCUGAUUGACUGCACAAGGCUGAACAUGGAGAUUGUGUUUUAGACUGUCACCCGCAUACAAAUAUUUCAUUUAAAGCAUUUCAUGCGAUGUGUAUUUAAUACAUUGAACAUUCUGAAUAAACUGGGUUUGAGAAAUAAA